AUGCUUUACAACGACACCUCUGUCCACUUCACAGUCCCUUCCCAGCAGCAUAUCCACAAGCUUCUUCUAAUUUGCGCUUGGUGUUGGGACCUUCGCGCUGCUCUGUCGUGGUGGCGGCGGGUAGGGACCUCACCACGACGCCAUGGUCAGCGACCGGGUGUAAUGGAGCAAGGUUCGUGCCGCACAGGUUCCCCAGAGCGCCGGCCCGACAAGCAUGGCAGUAGCAGCAGCAACCCCGCCGCCGGGGAUGGCCCCUCCCUGGAGCUCAGUUCCGGCAUGGCAGCGCUUAUCGCCCUCAACGGCGUCAUCUUCGCCGGAGCCGCAUUCGCCAAGCUGCCGCCGCUAGCCGGACUCGCCUUGUACAACGCGGGAGGGGCUUGGUGGCAGUACGGCACUUCCGCGUUCGUACAUGCCAAUCUGACGCAACUCUCCAGGAAUAUGUUCCUUUUAUGGCUAUGGGGGAGCGCGCUGCGGCGAGUGGUGGGCGGUCCGGGCGUGUGGUUCACGUAUGUCAUCUGUGCGCUGGGUUCAAAUAUGGUGGCCGCGUACACCCUGGGCGCCAAGGCCAAGGCAGGAACAGCUCUCCUAGGCGUGGCGGCAUCUGGCGGCUGUGCCGGCGUGGCGCUAGCGGCGCUGGCGCUCACGGCAAGGCCCUCACUGCGCUGGCUCAUGGCCGUCGGGCUAGCUGUGCAGUUCACGCUACCGGCGCUGCUGGCGGCCCCGGUGCCGGGCAUGCCCGCCGUUGCCGGCGGCGCAGCUGCGGCGGGGCAGAGUGCGCUGGCGCGCCUGCUUCCGGGCUGGAUGACGGCGGCGGCGGGGGAUCAGCUGGUGGGCGGCGCCGCUACUGUUGCCGUCGGCAGCAGCAGUAGCUCGGGGCUGGGUGCAUUCCUGACGGCACUCAAGACGCCGGCCAUGUCCUGGUUGUGGGGUGCCGCCGCGGGUGCGCUCAUCGUCAUCAUCUUGGCGAAGCUCCCGGUGCCGCCCGAAUAAUGGCUGUGCAGGGGCACAUCCUGGCGUGUACGGCUCGUAAUAUCAUUAAGGGCAUCUUCGGGCUGAAAGGGCACAUUUGUACGGUCCAUGAGGGGCAAGUACUGGAACGUACGACCCGCACGGCCAUGUGUAGGCCUAGGGGCCAGCAGGGCGAGGCAGGAAAAUCUCUGUUCAUGCCCGGUUGAUCAUUGCAAUCGCCGCCUAGUUACCGUCAUGAGAUGUUAUCGGGUGAGAGUUUGGGAGUUGGUGAUAUGGCAAGUCGUGUCGGCGAGGCGGCCCUGUAAGCCGCGUUGCUUUGUCAAAGGUUUUAGUUUCAUUCAGUUGCGCCACGGACGUCGUGCAGACAUUCGGAGUAAGAUGAUGUUUGAGCAUGUUGAUUGGGGCGAGGGCAGAGAGCACGUUCAAGCGCAUUUCAAUGCGAACGCACGUCGCCAGGAUAGGGUAUUGGCUUAUGGGGAAAAACUGGGAGAGCACGCCUCACAACGCCCUAUGCAGCGCAGCACGGUAGUCUCACACCGUGCACCGCCGGCCCUUGGCGCGGGUAAUGUGCAUAUGGGAACCGGCUUGGUUUCCCAUGUUUUGGAUAGGGCUUGAGUUGCGACACGACUACGUGGUUGUUAUUGGAGUUGGUAUUGAAGAGGAGAAUUAGUCAGGACUAGGAAUAUAUCGCUGUUUCGAAAAGAUAUAGCAACGGAAAUUCACUGGGAAUGAGCGUAUAUAGUUACAGGCCGCCACAGCUCUUUUCGCCACCAAUGUCUUGGCGGGCGCUGUGCUUCCGCCAAUGGGCUUUCGAUGUGGGAACGGAUGCGGGCCGCAUGGCGCGAGGUUCGUGGCAGUGAUAGGCUAAAGUGCACAUAUGGGAGUGUGUAUUACACAUCACUGCCUUAAAAAACGUAAGUUUAGUAUGCGUC